AUGGCACUUUCUAUUCAGCACGUUGCGUGGCUAGGGCUGUUCGCAGUUCUGGUCUGGACGAUCCAGAUACUUUACGUAUCUCUUCGCCCAGGCCUUCGUGACUUGCCCGGGCCCUGGCUCGCACGAUACACUCCUUUAUGGCGUAUCGUGUUUGUAUUCAGCGGCAAGGCGCCCGAGGGUUAUCGGAAGCUGCACGCAAAACACGGUCAAAUGGUGCGGACGGCCCCUAAGGUAGUAGACAUUUCAGAUCCGUCUGCUAUAUCCUUGAUUUACGGGAUCGGCAGCAAGUUUAUCAAGUCUGAUUUCUACCGUUUCUUCGAUGUCAUGUACCAGGAAGAGGCCAUGGCGAGCAUGUUCUCAACUCGAUCCCCCGAAGAGCACAAGGCACUCAAGCGGCCAGUGGCACAGAAAUUCAGCAUGACCUCCAUUAAGACCCUCGAAUAUCUUGUCGACCCAUGCAGCGAGAUCUUCACAGCAACCAUGAAGGAAAUGCAGGGUCAGGUGGUCGACCUCGGCGUCUGGCUGCAGUGGUACGCUUUCGAUGUUAUUGGCGCUAUAACAUUUUCGAAACGAUUCGGAUUCAUGGAACAUCGUGAGGACGUCAGUAAUGUCCUUUCUGGCAUCGAUCUAGGUCUUAGACUUGGCGGGGUCCUCGGGCAGGUCCCGAUGCUCAAUGGCUUCUCGAUGGGAAGCAAGACGUUCCACAAUAUUUUGUCUUAUCUGUCCCUUCCAAACCCAAUGGAUAUCGUCACGAAGAUGGUGUUGGAAGCCAUCAAGUCUUAUGAUGCACAAACAUCCACGACAGAUAGUCGAGGCGACUUCCUCGCGUAUUUCCGACAGCAACAAAAGUCCACAGGGGAAGUCAUGCCGGACAGAGAGUUGAUGAAUCAUCUGACCAAUAACUUAUUGGCUGGGAGCGACACCACUGGUAUCUCCCUAAGGGCCGUAUUUUAUUAUCUCAUGCGGAAUGACGAUAGCUAUAAGAAACUUCAGAGGGAGAUCGAUGACUUGGACGAUGCAGGGAAACUCUCGCCAGUGAUCAGUUAUGCCGAGAGUCUCCAGAUGGACUAUCUCCAGUUGUGUCUGAAGGAAGCUAUGCGAAUGCAUCCAGGAGUACAGUAUCCCCUCGAGAGGGUGGUCCCUCACGGAGGUGCCAACAUCAACGGGCAUUUUCUGCCAGAGGGCACCAUAGUGGGAGUAAACGCUGCAGUCAUUCACCGGGAUCGUGAAAUAUUUGGCCAAGACGCAGAUGAAUUUCGGCCUGAGCGAUGGCUCUGUGAUGAGGAGACGGCCAAAGUCAUGGAUCGUCACCUACUGACUUUCGGGGCGGGAGCGAGAACCUGUAUCGGGAAAAACAUUUCUAUCAUGGAAAUGGGAAAACUCGUCCCGCAGAUACUUCGACAGUUCGACCUGGAGUGGGCGUCGAAUGAGCCGGACUGGAAGGUUGAAACCUUUUGGUUUGCCAAGCAGACCGGCUUGCUCGUGCGGUUCCGAGAGCGAUCACGGAAUUCGCAAGUCAGCUUGGAAAAGGCAGCUUUGUAG